AUGAAAUGGGCUCUCGUCUACUUACUCCUACUGCUCUGGCUCCCGGCUUGUUUAGGGGCGCCGCUUCCGGGGAUAUCGGCGGCCUGGUUAUCGUUAUCUGAUAAGCGUCAGGGUCCGGAUCGGGACCAUGAGUCCCUGAAUCCCUGGGAAAAGUCUUGGAAGGGGUUUGGAUCCCCUGGGGCGAGCACCGGGAGACUAUCACCAUCUUCUCAGGAUACCCACGGCGGUGAUGGCGAUAUAACCAAGACAAGUCAACGUGACUAUCAACAUCAACGUCAACGGCCCAUUACGCUCAGUCAACCGCUGGCAUAUACACCGCACCACGACUCGGAGUAUACUGCUUCCUCCUCCACCUCCAACUCUCACCAAAAUAACAACAAUCAUAAUAUUAAUAUUAAUAAUUCCAACUCCCACGGAACCUUCCUCACCAACAACUCAACCCCGACCCCAACAGCACCACCACACCAACUGCAACCACUCCCACCCUCAACCACAAAACGCUACCUCCGCGUCCUCCACGAGACGCAACUCCCCACCACCUUUCUCAAGAACCACAUGCAUGAGAUCGUCGUCGCUGGGUUAUUUCUUCUCGUUCCGAUUACUCUGGCGCUCGUCGAGAUCAUCGAGCGCAUUGGACUAGGUGUUGAUGAGAAUGUUGAACUACAACAUUAUCUCGAGAGGAGGAGAGGAAGGGGGAUGAUUCGACGGGGGCGGGGGAAGGUUCUUAGGAAGAAGAGAGGGAAGAGGAAGUCGCAAUUGAUACAGAUGGAGGUGGAGGUGGAUAUAGAAGAUCAAGUAUUCUCUCGGUGA